GUUGACCAUUUCUUCUAUAAAAUUUCAUUCUUCACAAAAAUAGUAUAAUGCAACUGAAAAUUUUUCUCAUCUGAAAAAAAAAAAUGCCUAUGACUGAUAAUCAAGGAUCAUUUCUCAAUCGUAUAAGUAUUCGUCGAAAUCAAGUUACCAGCAUGGACCAUGAACAAGAGUUAGAAGACCUCGAACUCUUUCAAAAGCAUGUAGCUGAACGUUUCUUAGAUCUCGUACCUAAUGAUUCUUCAUCCACAACGGAUUCUCCCGCAAAGGACCAAUCACCACUUUUUUCGAUAUCGUGGUAUCGAAGAUUGCUCGAUGUUUUUCUAUGUUGUGAGGCUGAAUUUAAGGCUCUUGUGUUGAUUGGACGUGAUCCUGUUCAAUUUUCUAAACCACCAUUGGAUCGUCUUGUCCCUGAUAUUCUUGAUCGUUCAAUAAAGUCGCUUGAUAUUUGCAAUGCCGUGACGCACGGGUUAGAGCUCGUGCGUCACUGGCAGAAGCUAGCUCAAAUUGCUGUGACAGCGUUUGAGCAUAAGCCAAUGGGGGAUGGACAGGUGAGGCGCGCGAAAAAGGCGCUGAACACUUUGCUAACGUCUAUGAUGUUGGAUGAUAAAGAGAACAAUUAUCACGCGAAGGUCGCUGAACGAACGUGGUCGUUCGGAAGGCGUAGUGGUGCAGCUGGAAAUAAUGCGGCGAACAAUAAAGAUAGGACGAAUGGUACAUUUCGUUCUAUGUCAUGGUCCGUGGCGAAAUCAUGGUCCGCAUCGAAACAGAUUCAGGCUAUGGCGUCCACACUGGUGGCGCCACGUGGGGGCGAGCCUACUGGGCUCGCCCUGCCAAUAUAUGCAAUGAGCACGACUUUUGUAUUUGUUAUGUGGGGAUUGGUGGCCGCAAUUCCCUGUCAGGAACGUACAGGUUUGUUGACACAUUUUACAACGCCGAGGAAUUUGAAUUGGGGUCAGUCGAUGAUUGCAUUGCAAGAGAAAGUCGCGGAAGAAUGGAAGAAAAAGGAAAAGAAAGGGACAGCUGGUGUGUUGGAUGAGCUGCAGAAAAUGGAAAAAGUGGCACAAAAUUUGGUUGAUUUCGCAGAGAAUUAUCAGUAUCCAGCGGAUGAGGAGAAGACGGAAGAGGUGAUGGUGCACGUGGCGGAGAUGUCAGAGAUAUGCCGUAGAAUGGAGAAUGGUCUCGUGCCGCUACAGCAGCAGAUUAGAGAAGUGUUUCACAGGAUUGUGAGGAGCAGAGCUGAAGUUCUUGAUGUUCUUGAUCAAAUUGGUAAAAUGUCAACACCAGUACCUUAUUGACUUUAACAAAAUAUUCAUUUUUUUCUUAUCAUUUGGGGUUGAAUUGGGGUCCGGGAAAGGGCCAGACGGAGCUUUAGUGCACCGGACGAUGUCUUCUUUUAAAUGUAAUUUCCAGUAUUAAGGACUAGUUUGAUUUGUUAUUGUUUUUUGUUUUUAAAGUGUCUGUUAUGCAAAAAUGCUGACUAGUUUGGUGAUAAUUACAGUAUAAUUCAAGUUUUUAUUUGUUUUAUUAUGUAAAAAAAAAUGAACAGUAGAUUGAUUGAUUUUGCAUUA